AAACUUCAAAUGGCUUAACUUUCUACUAAUAGAUUUUCGCUGCCUAUUAUUGGAUAAAGAGAUAGUAGUAUUAAAUAAAUAUCUGUGGCAAGAACAAUGAGACCUUCUCUUUUUCUAAAUUAAAUAGACCUAAUUCCUUAUUCUUUAAAGACAGAGGUAGAAACUAUAGAAAGAAAUAUUAACAAACCCAUUCAUACAGAAAUUGAAAGUGAUCCAUUAAUAGAGGUUUCUUACCAUUUAAAAUUUCCAAAAUUGGACACCUAGAGAACAUAAAAAUUAUAACAAUCCUUACCUGAUUUGCCUCUUUUCAAUAAAGAAUCUAGAAAUGUUUCUCCUAAUGAUUAUUAGAGAAACACCAGAAGAACUAGAUUGUUUUUGAGACGAUAAGACACAAAAAUAGAUGCUCCAGUAGAAAAAAUUCAAAGAAAGAGAGUGGAGUUCAAGAAGUCUUUGGUUGUAAUUGAUUUAGAGACUGGUGUUUAAGAUAAAUAAGAAUUGAAUGAAGUAAAAAAACCAUUAAGAAGGAUUGCACAUUAAAAAACAAAAUCUUACGAAAGAAAAUAAUAGUGA